AUGGGUUUACAAACAGUAACGAUUAAGAGUGCGUUCGGAUCACCUGUCGUACACGAUCAACAGGAAGAUCCGGGUGAUAUUGGCAGGAGCACGCAGGCUGCGGGGGAAGGCUUCAGUCGCCGCCCAGCCGCCCUAGCGAACGCGUCUCGCGCCAACGCCCCAGCUGUUCUAUCGAUUCAAUCAACACGUUGGUCAACUAUGUGA